GAAUCUGCGGCAGGGAAAUAAAAAACACCGGACAGGAACCCACGUGUCUCAACGACCGAGGAAGUGCCAGACCAACAAGGAGGUUUCACUAGUUGUGGAUGUUACUAAAUUGCCCUACAUCAGCUUUGACUCUGCUAUUACUCUAACGUUAUUUUAUAACGCCGGCGGAGAUUUUUCCAACAUGUCUUCGUUCAGGAAAGCGCUGAAAUCCCGACAGAGAAACCAUCAUGAAAGAUCCCAGCCUGGCUCCAGGAAACAACUGGGAUUGCUGGAGAAGAAGAAAGACUACAAACUUCGUGCAGAUGACUACCACAAAAAACAAAACACACUCGCUGCUCUGCGAAAGAAGGCUCUGGAGAAGAACCCAGAUGAGUUUUACUUCAACAUGAUCAGCUCUAAGCUGCAGGAUGGAGUUCACAUAGCAAAAAAGCCCAAGGAGGAAGUGGAGGUAACAGAGGAGCAGAAGAAAGUGAUGAGGACACAGGAUAUCAAAUAUGUCGAGAUGAAAAGGGUCUCAGAAGCUAAGAAAAUUGAGAGGCUGAAAGGAGAACUCCACCUUCUGGAUGCAGACAGCAAACAAAAAAACAAACAUACUUUUUUUGUGGAUUCUAAGAAGGAGGUGCAGUCAUUUGACCUGGCACAACACCUCCAAACGGCCCCUGAGCUUGUGGACAGAGUGUACAACAGACCAACUCUGAAAACCCUGGAGACUAAAAGCAUCCAGGGAGCUACAGAGCCUCACACUAUGAAGAAGCUGGCCAGGCAGAGGAAGCACCAGUACACAGUCCUUUCUCAGAGGAUUGACAGAGAAAAGAAAAUGUUUGUCAUCAGUCAGAAGAUCCAGACCCGCAAGGACCUACAGGAUAAGACCAAAAAAGUGAAGGUAAAAAAGGAGACACCCAAUGCAGCAGCGAUCUACAAGUUUGAGGCCAAGAGGAAACGCUGAGAGGGAAGUAGUCCUCGAACUGUCGACAGAAGUGGGACUGGCAAAAUAAUGAACACCUGCAACAUGGAACUACAGGACUGUGAUUACAGCAAAGACGAUAAUAAUUUUCCUUCAUCAUUACUGUUGCAGCUAUGCAGUUUUGUACAUAUUUAAGACCUUUGGUUUCUUUCCAAUAAAGAUCAUAAGAACAUGCAAUUU